GAAUCAGGAUCCUUCCAUUUCCUUCACAUUUAUAUAUAUGUAACAAAUACAAUUAAAUUCGGGCAGGUAGCAUCAGGACGAGCGAGAAAUAGCACCGAAACCACACGAGCCGAAACAAAACAAGAAACAAGGAACAGUGAUUGCCAGAUGGCGCCAUUAGCGUCUAGCUAAGCGGCUGGUGCAGUGUGUGACGACCCGUGCAUCCUCCCUCUCUCUUUCUACAGUUGCAAUCGGAUUUAUUUGCAGGAACAAAAGAAAUUAAAAGCAGUAGCAAUCAGGCCCGGCUCGUCAUCAUGGCCGAAAUAAUAGCAGGGUUGUUUAUUCAGAAACGGAUUAGAGAACGGUUUGCGAUUUUAAAUCGUCUUCCUCCUCCUCUCCUUUGGAGCUGAGCUGAAGCUGAUGACGAUAAUGUAUUGGCCAUGUGGCCAGUGGCCGCUAUUCUAUUUGGCGUAUAUAUUCCCCUUGUCCAUGCGGUGGUUCCCCCUUCUUCCUCAUCGACCGACCUCUCGCUGUCCAUCCAUCCAUCCGUCGCCUUCCUCCUCCGAUUCUCCCCUCCGAUCCCCGCGGCCUUCAUAUUCGCUGCCCCGGGAGCUAGCUCUGGUGCUUAGUUCCUUGGCGCGCCAUUGCUCCUUCACGCCCCGGCUCCCCCCACCCACGAGCUUUACACAGCUAGCAGCAGACUAGUAGUACUAGUAGCUUGGAAAGGGAGCAGGAGGAGGGGACAGGAUGCUGGGAGCGGCCCCCAAGGCGAGGAAAGGCGCGCCGGCGAAGCUGGGGUCGGUGAAGGGGGCACCGCCGGCGGUGGCGGUGGCGCCGGCGGGGAACAAGGUGCCGGCGGAGGAGGUGUGGGAGGUGCGGCCCGGCGGGAUGCUGGUGCAGAAGCGGGGCGGCGGGGUGUCGGACGACGAGCCGUCGCCCAACGUGAAGCCGGUGCCCACCAUCCGCGUCAAGGUCAAGCACGCCGGCGUCACGCACGAGAUCUACAUCAGCUCCGAGGCGUCCUUCGGGGAGCUGAAGAAGCUGGUGGCGGCCAAGACGGGGUUGCACCCGGACGACCAGAAGGUGCUGUACAAGGACAAGGAGCGCGACUCCAAGGCGUUCCUGGACAUGGCCGGCGUCAAGGACCGGUCCAAGCUCGUCGUCGUCGAGGACCCCGAGGCCAAGGCGCGCCGGCUCAUCGAGGAGCGCCGCAACGGGCACCUCGAGAAGGCCGCCAAGGCCGUCGCCGCGGUCACCGCCGAGGUCAACAAGCUCGCGCCCAAGGUGGCGGCGCUGGACGCGUCGGUGCGCAAGGGGGAGAAGGUGGCGGAGAACGACGUGGUGCAGGUGACGGAGCUGCUGAUGAACGAGCUGCUCAAGCUCGACGCGGUGGUCGCUGACGGCGACGUCAAGGCGCAGAGGCGGAUGCAGGUGAAGCGCGUGCAGAAGUACGUGGAGACGCUCGACGCGGUGGCGGCCAAGAACGCCGCCAUCAUCCGCAAAUCCGGCGAGAAGGCCGCCGCCCCCAAGCAGCAGCAGAUGCCGGCGCAGCAGCAGCCAAGGCAGCAGCAGCAGGCGCCGGCGGCGGGGCAGACGCGGUGGGAGAUGUUCGACCUGCUGUCGUCGCUGCCGUCCACAUCCUCGGCGUCUUCCACGACCACGGUGAGCUCGACGGCGUCCUCCGGCGCGCCGCCGACGAACCGGCUGGACUGGAUGCUCUUCUGACGGGCCCCGACGAGCGAUCGAUCACCAGCGCAAAAGGCGAGGGAAAUCGUGGAAAGCGAAAGGGGAAGGGAAUUGCAGAUGCGAUGCGAUGCUUGUGUGCCAAGGAUUGCACCCGUGCCCCGGCAGAAAUCUGAUUGGGGGGGGGGGGGGGGGGGGGGGGGGCUCCGAUCCUUGAUGAGGCGAUGAUUGGGCUAGGCUAGCGACCGAGCUAGUACCUUGCUUGCUUUGCUUGGCCACGCAUCGCGUCGCGUCGCAUGGUAUGGUACGGGUGGGUAGUAGUUCAUCAUGUGAGGAUGCAUCGUGCAUGUGAGAGUUCGUUUUUUUUCUUCUUUUUCUGUUCUUCUUCUUCUUGUUCACCAUAAUGUUUUUGAGAUUCUUUUGUGUGCAUAUUAUUCAGAGAGAGAGAGAGAGGGUUGGUUAGAGCAAGUUAAAGUGUAUUCAAACAGAUUGGGAAUAAGUCGAGUCAAAAGGGUUGUCCGUCUCCAA